UGACACCAAAAAGCAUGUUUAUUUCAUACUUUCCGCGGUAUUUUAUGCUCCUGAAUGAAACAGACCGCUUGGAUGUGUGUGGAAGCGAUCGUUAUAUUUAUUCAGUUUUUUGAAUCCCGCGCUACGAAAAUGACAGACUUCCGGCUGUGAUCUCGGAUUUAGGAAGAAGGCGGAUGUGACGUGUACGGUAGAAGACCUCUUCGCUAGCUACCCGUGCUGUUGUGUGAGAAGGACUGCGGAUUCGUCUAAUUUAGCAGAGUAUUUCCUUUAUUUUUCGCACCAUGCCGAAACGAUGCGUUGCAGGCUUUUGUUCCAACGUCACGGGGAGUGAUGUGAGCCUUUUUCGGUUCCCAAGAGAUCCCGUUCGCCGGGAAGCAUGGGUAAAGCAAGUACAACGAACGAGGGACAAUUGGUCACCAUCCAAAUCCUCAGCGUUGUGUUCGGAUCAUUUUACUGAAGACUGUUUCGACCCUGUUCCUCUGCGGAAAGUUGAGAUGGGACUUUCAGUGCAACAUGCCAGAACCCUACUUGACACAGCUGUGCCAACAAUUUCCCCCCGUCCUCAACAUGGAGCUAGCGGCAGUGGGCAAAGCGCUCACAAAUCUCUGAAGAGGAAGUCCGCUGCCAUUGAUAAGCGGACGAAAAAGGCUGCAGUUGAAUCGAUGAUACAAGAAUACCAGGCCCAUUCAAAGACACAGUGCGAAAGUGUUAAUCCAGACGCGGGUAAUCCUGAGUUGGAAGAAUUUGCCGCUGGGCCAGCUCCUAAAUCGGUCGACGAGUCCUGUCAGGUUUGUCUUUUGCCACCAAGUCAGACUGUUGCUGUUAGUGCUGCUUUGCAACCUCAAAGACGACAUAAAGGUGUCCAGACAACAUCCGGGCCCCUCAUGAUGACUGUGGGUACCCAAACCUGCGUUGUUCACUCAGAGCUGAAUGUUACCAUCGACAGCUGGGACUCGGAUGAAGAAAUGUUGGUGUGCGAGGCUGAUUCUGAGUAUGACCUACCCACCGCACCUUCUGACUGCGAGUCCAGCGAGUCCGAUUGUCCUGAUAUGGCUGCGGCCGACCCUGCGCCAGUUCCCAGCCGGGUAUAUCUAAUCUACUGGGUCGCCCUCAUUCAGCUCAUUAGCCAGUGGGUCAGUUGUCCUGCGUGUGCCUGCAAGAAGGUCAACUGGGUCCCUUCUGAGGUCGGUACCAUGUUGGUGCUGGCCUUGAAGUGUGCUGAGCCUGGAUGUGGUCACACCGGAACAUGGAACUCCCAACCAUAUGUCGGCAGAAUUGCUGCUGGAAACAUAUUUCUUUCUGCAGCCAUUUUAUUUGCUGGUGCAACUGUGGGCAAAGUUCUGCGUGUGUUAUCUCACAUGGGUGUAGCUGUUUACUCCACUCGGUCGUACUUUCGCCAUCAAGAACGCUACCUUCACCAAGCCAUCAAAAGCGUGUGGCGAGAGCGGCAAAUCUGGCUGUUGAGCCAUCUACAAGCUGAGGGAGAGGAAAUUGUUUGUGGUGGCGACGGACGAGCUGACUCACCCGGUCACAGUGCAAAAUACGGGACUUACACGAUGAUGGAACUGCGGAAGCUAACCAUCUUGGAUGUGCAGAUUGUGCAGAGUAACGAGGUAGGAGGUAGCUACCACAUGGAGCCCGAAGGACUGGUUCGGUCACUGCGUGUGCUCGAGGAGUUUGUGCGUGUGGGAACUCUGGUGACAGAUCGACAUGUGACUGUCAACAAGCUCGUCCGAGAACAGUUCCCACACAUUGAGCAUCUUUUUGACAUCUGGCAUAUUGGCAAAGGUUUGAAGAAAAAGUUGCAGAACCUCUCUAAGCUGCGUGGAUGUGAAGCCCUAAAACCCUGGAUUGGCAGUAUCAUCAACCAUUUAUAUUGGUCCGUGGCGUCAACGCGACCUGGGGACCCCAGACUCAUCCUCGACAAGUGGGAGUCAGUACUGAGCCAUGUUCAGAAUGAUCACUCGGGCUUCAAAGGCAGUUUCCCCAGGUGCAGCCAUGGUCCUUUGGAAGGUCGGGAACGGAAAAAGCCUUGGCUCACGCCUCACACCAAGUUGACCAAUGAGCUGGAGAAGCUGAUCUGUGGCUCCAAACUGUUGGCUGACAUUCGCCGGCUGUCUCCAGUCUACCAGACUUCCCACCUGGAAGCCUUCCACAGUCUGGUGAACCAUUUUACACCCAAAAUGUUCGCCUUUUCUUACGAGGGGAUGCUCAGCAGGACGAUUGUGGCUGCUCUUCACUUCAAUGAAAACGCCCAUCGAGCCCACAGCUUAACCCGAGACGGAGUGGGGAUUUAUAGCAUCCACUUUCCAAAAUCAAAACAAGGCGGCCAUGUUGUGCGCAAAGUUUUGGAGAACCCUACAUUUGAGUAUGUUAGCGAGCUGAUGUCGGCGGUGGAGAGGCUUGUGCAGGACGCGAGUGAUGUAGAGCCGGAUGAAUUGGAGGCGAUACCGGCUGUGCCCGAGGCCGGGAGGUUAUCCCUCAGCAGCAGCUUUCAGCGACCUGACAAAGAACAGGCGGUCCGGGAUCAUGUCACACGUUUUAAUGUGCCAUGAUUGAACCUUUAAUUUUGUAUAAUUGUGUUCCCCAGUUCUUUCGUUGUCAUCUUUUGAAAAUGUGAGCUAGUUUUUUGAAUUUAUAAGGUAUUAUUGGUUCGAGCCCUGUGUAAAUAUGUUGGUAUAUAUAAAAUAUAAUGGCACACUUAAAUUCCGGUGAAUAAAACCAUUUUGUGUAUUUUUCCAAA